AUGGCAAAAACGCAGGAUGGCUACAUGUUCACAAUUCUGCUGGGCGAGAGAGCUCAUCUUAUCGAGUUUCCGUCGUUGCUAUUACCUCCCGGAACUACCGCUGGUUCGAUAGUCAACAUCUCCGUCACUCAGAACCAUGCCGAGGAGAAACGGAGAGACAAUGAGUUCUGGGCGUUGCAGAACGAGAUUCUGGAUGCAUUUGGAAGGGAAUCUCCCGAGCCACCAAAGCUUCAGUUGCGGAACGUUACACAAACGUCUGUUACUCUCGAAUGGCCCCCAUUGAAGCUGGCGACGGCGAAGCUGCGCUCACUCGAUAUAUACCGAAAUGGACAGCGCCUCGCAGCCAUCCCCUCUCCCCUCCAGAAUACCUCCUCCAAGCUCUCGGGACUCGACAUCAACACCGAGUACUCCUUCCAACUCAUCCUUCGUACGACUGCCGGCACCUUCCCCUCGAACCUCAUCCGUGUCCGUACACAUACUAUGACAGACACCUCCGGCAUCUCCGUCUGCUUCGGCAACGUGCAGGACUUGGUGCUGCUCGAGAACGCAAAGAUGGCGCUGAGAGAGAUGAACGCGAAAUGGAGCGAUAAGAUCCAGAUUGACACAACGCACUUUGUGUGCACGACGCCUGCUGCUACGCCCAGUGGGGCGGAGGCGAGCGGCAGCAUCAGUAGUGCGCCCGGCGUCGAGUACCAGCGCGCGUUACAGUUAAGUAUACCCGUGGUCCAGCCUCAAUGGAUUUUGGCUUGUCACGCAGAAAAGAAAAUGGUGCCCAUCGCUGGUUACUAUCUAGGCGUCAACCCAGGCACGCCGAUGCACUCAGCGCCAUUCACGCGCCCCCAGUCAAUGUCGCAGGUAUCCCUCCCGCACUCCCCGACGCGGCCCACCCCAGGCUCUCCCGCGCAGAAAGCCGCCAAUCGUGCCUCAAUGCCGGCCCCCGCCCGGUCGUCCAGUCAACAAUCGAUACCCACGGAAAGCCAAGUUCGCGCUGGAUCCGCGACGUUCGAGCCUACUCCCGAAGAACAAGGGGAAGGUGAAGAGGGCGACAUCGGAGAUUCCGCGCAGCGCAAAGAGGAGGGCAGGACGUCGAAGAGCGCGAAACGGCGGACGAGGAACGGGACGAUGGACAAAGCGUUCAAGUUCCCUCCUGAACCUGAGCCUGGGCACGCGGAGCCGGCUGCGUCGCCUAUACCAGAGUCACCUUCGCCGCCUAGAGUGGAGAGCCAGCCGGCUCCCUCGCAGCAAGCGGAGGAACCAGCGCAUGUUAUUGCACCUUCGAGCGUGGAAGUGCCGCCGCCGCCGCCUGUGGAGAAGGAGAGGGCUCCUGCGGCGCAUGAUGAGGGCGAGGAGGAUGUCGGGGAGACUGAGGAGAUUUCGUUGAAUUGA